CUUCCUUCGAGCACCACCACUUCAACACUUUCCUCUUUUCUUUCUUCUUCUUCUUCUUCUCUUCCACCUUCGGCAACACUCCUUCACCAUGAAGUUCGCCCUUUUCGCUGCCCUCUUCGAGGCCGUGGCCGUCACGGUCACCAGCGCCUAUCCCGUCACCGCCAACGGCGGGCUUAGCUGCCGCUCCGGCCCCGGCACCAGCUAUGCCGUCAAGAAGACCUACAAGAAGGGUUUCGAUGUCAAGAUCAGCUGCCAGACCACUGGCACCUCGGUCAACGGCAACAACAUCUGGGAUAAGACCCAGGAUGGCUGCUACGUCGCCGACUAUUACGUCAAGACCGGCAAGAACGGCUUUGUGACCAGCAAGUGCCCUGCUAGCGGCGGCGGUGGCGGCGGUUCCACCAAGCUUCCCGGCCCCGUCAAGAACGACUAUCCCUACAAGAACAACUGCGGCGGCGUUGACCCCUGGAGAUACUACAAGUGCCAGUGCACCUCCUUCGUGGCGUGGCGCAUCAACGAGCGCCUGGGCAUCAAGUUCCACAACAUGUACAAGGGCGUCAACUGGGGCAAUGCCAAUACCUGGGACGAUGCCGCCAAGCGCACCGGCGUCAAGGUCGACAAGACUCCCAAGCCCGGCGCUAUUGCUCAGACCAACGCCGGCCGGUACGGCUACGUCGCCUGGGUCACGGCCGUCAAUGGCAACAAGGUCACCAUCGAGGAGUACAACUGGGCCAAGCGCGAGGGCUAUGGCACCCGCACCGUCGACAAGAGCACCUUCAACUACAUUCACCUCAAAUAAGCGUCUCCGUGGAGUCGCCAAGGCAAUUUUCUUGAUGAUAGGGAGGAUCGAGAGUUGGCGGCGGCGGCAGUUGAGGUCGUGUAUUAGACAGGGUCGAGGUUGUUGUUUUUUUUGGCUGGUUUGUUGCAUAGAUCUGGGAUUGGUGGGAUGUUUUGAAGUGAGUUUUUACUGCUGUUUAAUACUUCUUUUCACUGGAGGAUUUUGAAACUUUGUAUAUAUUAAUUCUUAUCACUACACACAUUUGCCUGGAAAUGUUUAUUUCCGGCAACCUACAGCCCCCCUUCAUCAUGCCCACGAGAACUGCAAGCUCC